UUUGUUUACGACAGAGUGUCAUAAUGGCGCACUGAAUGUAGGGAAUUGUAGUCGCGUUUGCCCGCGUGACACGUGUUCUUCACAGGAAGUGGGGAGGAAGGCCAUAUCCGGGAGGCUGCACGUGAAGUUCGGCUGUCGGUGUUCCAUUGAAGUUAACCAUGUUACACCAUGAAGAUGAGAGUUCACCAGAAUCAGAUUCUGACUUUGAUGCAUCAGAGUUGACAGAUAAAGAGUUGCAGGAAGCAUUUUCUCAGGGGAAACUUAAGCCCGGAUUAAAUGUGGUCUUAGAAGGAAAGAAGAAACCCUUCAAUGAUGCGUCUGGCCUUAAGCAGAGUCUGAAGGAUCUCAAGAAUGAGUUGCCCUGGGUGGAGCGUUUGGAUGUUACUGUUGAUCCUGUAGCUGAUACAACUGGACAGAAUGGGCAGACAGAUCCAAAUACAUCAGACAUUAAUGCAGAGGAUGAUUUUCAGCGAGAGAUGUGCUUUUACCGUCAAGCCCAGGCUGCUGUAUUGUAUUCUCUGCCUCGUCUUCGUAAGUUAAAGGUGGCAACCAAGCGACCAGAUGAUUACUUUGCAGAGAUGGCAAAGACUGACCAACACAUGCAGAAGAUUCGCCAUAAACUCCAGUUAAAACAAGCUUCAAUGGAGAAAUCGGAGAAGGCAAAACAAUUGAGGGCUUUGAGGAAAUAUGGUAAAAAGGUGCAAGUUGAAGUAUUGCAGAAGAGACAGAAAGAGAAAUCAGCCAUGAUGACACAAAUUAAAAAAUACCAAAAAGGUCUUUCAGAUAAAUUGGAUUUUCUGGAAGGAGACCAGACUCUGAAAAAGACUCAGAACAAGACUGGUGGAUCUGCUGCCGCCCAGAAGGCUAAAAAUACGCCAAGUGCAAAGCGCCGUUACAAAGAUCAGAAGUUUGGCUUUGGAGGAAAAAAGAAAGGCUCAAAGAGAAACACAAAAGAAAGUUACAAUGAUGUAUCUGGUUUCCGUGGUAGCGUGGCCCAUGGAAAGGGACCACACCGACCUGGGAAGAAGGGUGGCAAAAAUGCUAAUAAAAGACCAGGUAAAAAUGUAAGACAGAAAAUGAAGAGCAAACGCAGAUAAAAUGAAGAAAGAACAAUGAAAUGGUGACUUUCUCUCUCAUCCGAUCACCUCUGAGUCCACACUAGCAGCAAAUUGCUUUCUACCUAGAGACUGCACAGACAUCCAACAAAGCCAUUCUCGUAUGGAAAUUUGGAGAGAGACAGAUGUAAACUUUGUAUUUGUUUUUAAUUCUAGCUUCCAUGAUGCUGAAAUAUUGGCAUUAAACAUGGCUAGGUUUUCUGUGCCAAGGUUUUUGAAAAAAAUCAAAGUGCAACAAUAAAAAAUGCACACUGUUAAUGUACUUUAUUGCAGUCAAUCACAUAGUCUGAAUUACAGAGCAGCACAUCCUAGUCAAUGCAACAGCUGGACUGCACAAUAUUACUUGUAGGGAAACUCAUCUUCAGCCUCUCUGUGUCUGAACUCCUUCCUCUACUGAAUAUUUUCGCUCUGUUCUUUAAGACGCCAUGCUGUCUCCAUGUACUUUGUGAUUUCUGUUUUCUCCCGAAAGAAAUGCAAGCGUCUAUCUGUCCGAUCACUGGUUAUCUGGAGAAAAGCAAAUCUCAUUGAAUAUUAAACUUAUUUCUUAUUCCUACUAAUGCUGGACACAGGGGUCGUCUUCUCUUCAUAUUCCAGGUUCAUUCAAACAGCUGCCUGGUUUCUCUAGUUAAUUGAUUCUGAGCAGCUGGACAGUUGUUAAACAAAAUGCUUAAUUCAAAGAGCACAAACAAAAUAAAGACCAGUUGUAAUUUG